UUUUCUAGUGCAAGAUGGCGUCCGCUGGAGUUGGGGCCUCAGUGCCUGAGGAUGGAGGCGAAGGGGAGGCCACCCCACCGGCUGUUCCGGAGCCGAUGGCUGCGGAAGCUGCGGGAUCAACUGAGCAGGGAACAGGGGACUCGGAGACCGGAGGUGAUGCCUCUCUAGCUGAUGUCACUGCUACCAUGGAAACAGAAUCAUCCAGUGGAAAGGAUGCCUUGGAAGGUGUGGGCGAUGGUUCAGAAGUCAUGGAUAAUCAAGCUAGUUCUGUGGAUGAGGAUAAUGGAAGACAACUUGGAGAGAUUGAACUGCAGUGCGGAAUUUGCACCAAGUGGUUCACUGCAGAAACAUUUGGCAUUGAUACCACAUCCUGCCUUCCUUUUAUGACAAACUACAGUUUUCAUUGCAACAUCUGCCAUCACAGUGGGAACACAUACUUCUUAAGAAAACAAGCAAGGAGUCUUGUGCCGGGAACUAGUGGGAAAGGAAGAGGGGCCAAACGCAAGCAGCAAGAAGGAGGAACUACAGGAACAGCCAAGAAAACUAGGAGUGAUCCUUUGUUCUCCGCUCAGCGUCUUCCACCCCAUGGCUAUCCAUUGGAGCACCCUUUUAAUAAGGACGGGUAUCGUUACAUUUUGGCAGAGCCAGAUCCCCAUGCUCCUGACCCAGAGAAGUUGGAGCUAGACUGCUGGGCAGGAAAGCCUAUCCCUGGAGAUCUCUACAGAGCCUGCCUCUACGAACGGGUCCUUCUAGCUCUGCAUGACCGAGCUCCUCAGCUGAAGAUCUCAGAUGACAGGCUGACAGUCAUUGGAGAAAAAGGGUACUCGAUGGUCCGAGCUUCCCAUGGGGUGCGAAAGGGGGCCUGGUAUUUUGAAAUAUCCGUGGAUGAGAUGCCACCCGAUACAGCUGCCAGACUUGGGUGGUCUCAGCCUUUAGGAAACCUUCAAGCUCCUCUAGGUUACGACAAAUUCAGUUACUCCUGGCGUAGCAAGAAAGGGACAAAGUUCCACCAGUCCAUCGGUAAACACUAUUCAUCAGGUUACGGCCAGGGGGACGUGCUUGGGUUUUUUGUCAGCCUUCCCGAAGACACAGAAACAGCUAAAUCCCUGCCAGAUACCUAUAAAGACAAGGCUUUGAUCAAGUUCAAAAGCUAUUUGUACUUUGAAGAGAAGGACUUUGUGGAUAAAGCUGAGAAAAGUUUAAAGCAAGCUCUGGGAAGCCAAAUAAUCUUCUAUAAGAAUGGUGCCAGUCAAGGAGUUGCAUACAGAGAUAUUUUUGAAGGUGUUUAUUUCCCUGCAGUAUCUCUGUACAAAGGCUGCACGGUAUGUAGAAGCUGA